GCCAGUCCCGGACGGCCACUGCCAGCUGCGAGUCCGGGGACAGCGCGGUCUAGUGUGGGACAGCCGGCCGAAGGGUCCGGCAGCGGCAAACGAGUAUCCUGGCGGCCAAAAAAAUGCUCCUGUACCGAGGGGCCCCCGCGGGCCCUGGCGCUCAGGGCGGCGGACUGGCCCGAGUGGGCAGUGUCCCGCAGGCCUUUGGGAUUCGCCUGAGCACGAUGAGCCCCCGCUAUCUCCAGAGCAACUCCAGCAGUCACACGCGACCCUUCAGUGCCACCGCGGAGCUGCUAGAUAAUGCUGUAGACCCAGAUGUAUCUGCCAGGACAGUCUUUAUAGAUGUUGAGGAGGUCAAGAAUAAACCUUGUUUGACAUUUACUGAUGAUGGAUGUGGGAUGACACCUCACAAACUCCACCGAAUGCUCAGCUUUGGCUUUACAGAUAAAGUAAUAAAGAAGAGCCAGUGUCCCAUCGGGGUCUUUGGUAAUGGUUUCAAGUCGGGCUCCAUGCGCCUAGGAAAAGAUACUCUUGUCUUCACCAAGAAUGGGGUUACCCUCACUGUUGGACUUCUGUCACAGACCUACCUGGAGUGUAUCCAGGCCCAGGCAGUUAUUGUACCAAUUGUACCAUUCAGCCAGCAAAGCAAAAAAAUGGUUGUUACUGAAGAUUCUUUGCCCAGCCUAGAAGCCAUCUUGAACUAUUCAAUUUUCAACAGUGAAAAAGACCUGCUAUCCCAGUUCGAUGCCAUUCCAGGCAAAAAAGGCACCCGUGUUUUCAUUUGGAAUGUCCGGAGAAACAAAGAUGGAAAGUCUGAGCUGGACUUUGAUACAGAUCAAUAUGAUAUCCUAGUAUCAGACUUCGAUGCUGAAGAAAAGGAGAUUGGUGGUGUUCCCUCCAAAACGCCAGAAACAGAGUAUUCCCUACGGGUGAGUGAGAAUAGUCCUUCAGCCGUGAGAAGUACGAUUUCCUAUAAUGUGAAAAUAUCGUAUAACAGAAUUGAAGCACAGGUGUGUAGAGAUGAUACUCUGCUGGGAUAUCUUUUCACCGUCUACGCUAAAGCAGUUCGUGAAUAUAGCUACUUCCAUCUCGGAAUGUCUCAGAAUAAGCAGGUGAAAAUCACUUUUGGAUUCUCUUGCAAAUACCAUAACCAGUUUGGAGUAAUGAUGUAUCAUAACAACCGCCUUAUUAAGGCCUUUGAGAAGGUGGGCUGCCAGUUAAAGCCAACUUGUGGAGAAGGUGUGGGAGUAAUUGGAGUCAUUGAGUGCAAUUUCCUAAAACCUGCCUACAACAAACAAGACUUUGAGUAUACCAAGGAGUACCGGUCGACAAUAAAUGCGCUUGCUCAGAAGCUCAAUGCUUAUUGGAAGGAAAAAACAUCUCAAGAGAAUUUUGAGAACUUACCUGCAUCCAGGCCAAUUCCCGACCAGACAUGGGUACAGUGUGAUGAAUGUCUUAAAUGGAGGAAACUUCCUGGGAAGGUGGAUCCAUCCACAUUACCUGCCAGAUGGUUUUGUUACUAUAAUCCCCAUCCAAAGUACAGUAAAUACAAAUUGAUCCUAAGUGAGGAGCCUGUGGAGAAACGAAGGAGGUUCCAAAAUGAUAUGACACCAUCUCCUAUAGAUUACUCCAUGUCCAGUCCUUACAGGAGGGGAGAGGCCACUAUUGCCGACCUAGGAGGAGAGGACAGCCUUGAGAAAUCCAGUUCUGAGAGAAGCACACCACCAUACCUCUUACCAGAAUACCCAGAAGCAAACAAGAGCACAGGCCACAACAGGGAAGCUCCAGCACUUUGUCUAGGGUCCCAAGACCAAGACCAGGAGUCCCUGCUUCCUGAAGAAUUAGAAGAUCAGAUGCCAAGAUUGGUAGCAGAAGAAUCUAACCAGAGUAGCGAGAAUAGAGAAGUGAAUAAAGGGCCUUUUGUAGCGGUGGUCAGAAUUGCGAAGGGACUUGCAGAUUCAGGAGCUCCCAUCCAGCUAAUGCCUUUCAACCGGGAGGAGUUUGUAGGCAGAAGAAAGGCAGCAGCGGAACCUUGGAACCUGAACCCUUAUUCUCCUGUGGCCCCUGCCACAGCUACUGCAGGCAAAGGAAAAGGCUACCAGGAGAGUGGAAGUCGGAACAUGCCAAAGAUAAAGAACCAGAGAGAACUGGAAGAAUUGAAGAGAACCACAGAAAAACUGGAGCGUGUUUUGGCUGAAAGGAAUCUGUUCCAGCAAAAGGUAGAGGAGCUGGAACAGGAGAAGAAUCACUGGCAUUCUGAAUUUAAGAGAGCUCAACAUGAAUUGGUGACCUAUAGUACCCAGGAGACUGAAGGCUUAUACUGGAGCAAGAAGCACAUGGGUUAUCGCCAAGCUGAAUUCCAGAUUCUGAAAGCGGAGCUAGAAAGAACCAAAGAGGAGAAGCAAGAACUAAAAGAGAAACUGAAAGAGACAGAGACACACUUGGAAGUAUUGCAGAAGGCCCAGGUCUCCUACCGGAAUAUAGAGGGAGAUGACCUAGAAAGGGCUUUGGCAAAGCUUACGCGGCUACGUAUCCACGUCAGCUAUCUCCUUACUUCUGUCCUCCCUCACUUGGAGCUUCGUGAGAUCGGGUAUGACUCAGAACAAGUGGAUGGGAUCCUGUACACAGUGCUGGAGGCAAAUCGCAUACUGGAUUGAGCACCAGACUAUAUAUCCUCUCCUAGCUUUCUCUUUUCUUUACUGCCUGUGUACUAUAUGUCUCCCCCAGCUGCUGCUGCUUCUUCUUCCCUUCUCCCUUCAUAUCCCUCCCCCAGCCUCCUUCUUUCCCUUUCACCUUUAUGCCUUAUAUUGAAAGUCUUUGAAUAAGUCCUGGUUCUUAAUCAGUGUACUUUGCAUUCAGUGUGGGUGUGAAGAAAGAGGCCCAUUAAAUAGCCUUUUAAGAGUCCAGGAACAGAAAAGCAAUAGUCACCAAGUUAGGUGACUGGAAAGCACUAAUUUUCAUGAUCUAGAUAUGUGGCCUAU